AUUUUAUUUAUGCUCAUUUGUUUGUUUUAAUGUUUGUGCCCAAAACAUAGAUUGUAAGAAAAAGCAGUUUUUUCAACUUGUUUCAGAUGGGUGCAACUUAAGCAAAUACUAAACAAAAGGAACCAAAAAAGAAAGCAGCUAGUUUUGAGAGUGUCCACCUAACCACUGAUUUUCAGAAUAAUCUGUAGAAUAUAUAAUUAAAUCUUGAUUGCAAAGCAUUCUAGAAAUGGCGAUGUUUGAUGAAAUGGGGUUCUGUGGAAGCUUCAAUUUCUUAUCAGCUCCUCCAUUUGAAACCGAGCCUACAACUGAAGAAGGACUUGCUGAGGAGGAAGAUUACAAUUACAGUGAUGAUGAAAUAGACAUUGAUGAGCUUGAGAAAAGAAUGUGGCGUGAUAAGAUGCUUCAUAGACGACUUAAAGACCAAAAAAAAUUCAAAGAAAAUGAUGAUCUUGCAAAGCAGAAACAAUCCCAAGAACAAGCAAGACGAAAAAAGAUGUCUCGUGCUCAAGAUGGGAUCUUGAAAUAUAUGCUUAAAAUGAUGGAAGUUUGUAAAGCACAAGGUUUUGUUUAUGGAAUUAUUCCUGAAAAGGGUAAGCCCGUGAGUGGAGCAUCCGAUAAUCUCCGGGAAUGGUGGAAAGAAAAGGUUCGGUUUGACCGAAACGGGCCCGCCGCCAUCUCAAAAUACCAGGCUGACCACUUGGUACCUGGGGAAACUGAAAGUCUUGAACCUGUCUCAACUCCUCACACUCUACAAGAGCUACAAGAUACAACCCUCGGGUCUCUUUUGUCGGCUUUGAUGCAACACUGUGACCCCCCACAGCGUCGGUUCCCUUUGGAAAAGGGUAUUGCACCACCAUGGUGGCCUACCGGAAAUGAGAAAUGGUGGGUUGAAUCAGGUAUGCCGAGAGAAAACGGUCCACCACCUUAUAAGAAACCGCAUGAUUUAAAAAAGGCAUGGAAAGUCAAUGUUCUGACGGCAGUUAUUAAGCAUAUGUCACCAAAUAUUGAAAAGAUACGGAAGCUAGUUAGGCAGUCGAAGUGCUUACAGGACAAGAUGACUGCUAAAGAAAGUGCCACGUGGCUUGCGAUUAUUAACCAAGAGGAAACGAUUUGCCAGAAGAUGUAUCCUAACACCUGCCCUCCAGCAACCGUUGGAGGUGGCAGUUCUUAUUUGAUGAAUGAUGCCAGUGAUUACGACGUUGAAGGUGUAGUUGAUGAGCCAAUUCUUGAAUUGAAGGACUGUAAGCCACAUCCUUACGAGUUAGGAAUCACACGAGCUGUUCCUCUUGCUAAAGUGAAAGGGGAGGCCUUUGACUUGAACUCUGGUCAUUUUGCCAUGAAAAGAAAACAAGCAUCUCAAGGCGACGACAACCAGCUCCAGCCUCCAAUGUUUGCUUGUGAGUAUCCUCGAUGCCCAUAUAACGAUGCUCGUGUCGGGUUUCAUGACAGAACUGCAAGAAACAAUCACCAGAUGAAUUGUGCUUACCGGCCUAUUACUAACCCUCCUGGCAGAAGCCUAAACUAUCAAAUGAACAAUCUUCAAAAAGCACCCGUGUUUGGUAUGUCAUCAUUUGGUCAAACUCAGUUCAAUACUGAUCCUCUGCCUUUGAAUCACACUGCACCACCAUCAUACAGUAACCCCACCGGUGGUGGUAUUGCUGAACUUGGACUACCAGAUGAUGGCCAGAAAAUAAUUUCCGAUCUCAUGUCAUUCUAUGACACAAAUCUUCAACAGACAAACAAUUUCAACUCUGCAAAUCUUGAUCCGAUCCCACUUGAUGACGGUUUUUUCACUUUUGAUUCUGACAGCAACCCGAAUGUACAUGACAAUGAUAACCCUGACUUCAGAAUUGAUGCACAGUCAGUCUUUGCUCAAGACGUGCCAGCAUGGUUCAUAUGAAGACAUAUGUCUGAUGUCGAGGAGGCUAUCGUUAGUAGGUGAAGCUUCUUUCCAUAAACCUUAUUAAUAAGGUACCAAGUUAUGCUUGUUAGUACUAUAAAAUGUCUAAAGAUAUGCUUAUGGUUUGUAAUAGGUUGGCAUUUGAACGCUAUUAUGUACUUGUGGAUGUUCAAACACGUUUGUGAAUUGUGUGACUAUGUUUUAAGUUGUGUUUA